AUGGAUACCAAACUGAAAAGUACUUUUGUAAAACUAUUUUAUUCAACAAAUGAAAGGAUAGCCUGUGCAGUGGAGGUUAGAAGACUUAAUAAAGUCAGGAAGAGGGCGAAGUUUUUGGCGUUUUCGAGUAAUUGUUUCUAUUUUGAUGCAACUUUAGUUUCGAUUGAGAAGCCUCCCGUUAUACAAAUUUAUAUGGUUAAAUCUAACGAAAAACACGACUUCUCCAAAAAGCUCCUAAUGAACUCUCAAACUCUUAAGGUCGUCGACUGCCACGAUGUGUCGGAACAACCAUCGUAUGAUAUUGAAUUAAAGACAGAUACAAAGUCGUGGCGGGUUUCUGCGAUUCGACUGGAAGAGAAGAAACGGUUCAUAUCGAUGUUUUGCAGAGCCGUAGCAAUUUACCAGCCACAAAUUUAUCGUGAAAUUCUGUUAAAGAACCUACCAGAGGGAAUAGAAUUCUCUGUGGCCACACCUGAGGCUCUGGAGGUGGCUAUCGGGGAAUUUUGGGGCGAUUCUUCUGUUGCAGCCGAGGUGUCUGAGGCAUCGGCCUUUGGUCAAAGACCUGGUGAUGGCUACAAUACCUUGACGAAUCGUGAAGAAUCUGACUUGAAGAAGUUCUUUGACCGAACCACAUCGGAAGAUAUAUUUGAUGCUGAUUCAUUAAUGCGGAACCUGCAAAAAUACUUGUUUGAUGCAGAAGGUAGCAAUGUGCAUUUUAUUGUGGAAUCAGAACAAAAGGUGGUGGCCUUAAUCAGUGCACUUGACAUGGCUUUGGAGGAGCUUGACUCUAUGGAAGCCAAGUUAGAUGCAUAUCACCAAUAUAUUGCCGACGUGGAGGAGUCCAUGUCAGGGCUGCAGGAUCGCGAUCAGCUGGCGCAAAUUACUGGCGACAAUCGGCGUCUGCUGUUAGAUACUCUGGAACACAUCGUCGCAAGCCUCUCGGUAAAUGCGGGCGUUCUCAAGACUCUUGAGGAGGAGGCCGAUAUGAUGGACAUAGAUCGCUACAAGGAAGCUGCCUCCUGCCUUGACGCUCUCUUCACCGCCGAAAGAAUACCCGGUGAGGAGCACCUGCAGGCGGUGUCUGAAAAGUCACUGGAGUUGGUGGCGUUGCGAGACAAGUUUGCCAAGCGCCUCUCUCACCAAGUGAAUGCGAUGGUGGUGCGUUUCUGUAGCCAGCUGAUGCGCAUCGCUCCGGGGGCAGGCGGGGUAGGUGUAAGCGGCAGUCUGGCGGACCUCUCCGGAGGCGCCUCGCGCCACCACCGCCUCCACGUUCCAGGCUCCGGCAGCGUCCUAAAUCUCUCCGGCUCACGUUCUAACCUUUCUACCUCCCCCACUGGUUCCAACAAUGGUACCAGCCUCAAUCACUGCCAAGAACUGCUCGGAGUUCAGCGCUCUGAGAUCUUGCAGCUCUCUUCCCUCGUAGGUGGAUGGCUACAAAGCAAUCGAACUGAUGUGUUUCGCACGCUUAAGAAGCAAUAUAUAGAAAAAAUGCAGGCUUUCUUCCAUCGUGUGUAUCAUGAAAUUAUCCAACAGGGGAUACAGACGAUUCUUUCUCUAACAAAAUCGUCGAAACAUGAAUCUGUGAAGCAGGACUCCGAUAACUGCAGCGUCUUGGUCGUAUCACAGAGCAAUGCUUUGAACCAAUUCAAACCAGUAUUCGUAAAGCUUAUGGAUCAGCUAUCCUCCGUAGUCGAUGGCGAAAAAAAUUUUAUUAUGGACUUCUUUUGUCUGGAAAAAUGCAAGAUUAACCAAUGCACGUCAAUCGAAAGUUUCUAUAUACUGGUCGAUUUGGUCACUACUUUAACAUCCACUAGGAAUUCAUCAUUUUUCGUUCCUUCUCCCUCUCUAACCUGGUUAAUUUUUGAAUUAUCUUUCUCUGCUUAA